AUGGCUCAGCUGGUGCACAACCCUGCACAGAUGGUCAUCGUACCUGCAACAGCCAACCCCAACGGCAAAGACUCCAGGUGGCUGACCCUGGAGGUCUGCAGGGAGUUCCAGAGGAGUAAAUGCUCUCGCUCGGAUAAUGAAUGCAAAUUCGCCCAUCCUCCCCCGCAUGUAGAGGUGCAGAACGGUCGAGUGGUAGCCUGUUUUGACUCUAUAAAG